GAACCCGUAACACUCUUUUAGCAGUCCGCGUCUUAACCCGCUGGACCAGACGGACAGUGGCCGGUGACACGAAAUUAGCGACCAUAUUCUGCGUCGAAAGAAAAACGCAUGAAAACUCGAAAACACGCGUUUUCCCAAACAUAAGACUAAUCUACAUAGAUUGUAUACCCCCAAAAACCCCCAUAUACCAAAUUUCAGCGAAAUCGUUAGAGCCGUUACCGAGAUCACAGAAAUAUAUAUAUACAAGAAUUGCUCGUUUAAAGGUAUAAGAUAUGUAUAUUCAUGGGUCCUAAAAUGCUGUCACUAAAGAGUAGGCUGUCACCAGAACGUAGUGAUUUUAUGCUCUUUGGCUUGCACGUCAUUGUUGCGUUGUCGAUUGCAAUAUUGACACGUACAUAAACAAUAAUUUCAUAAGUAUAUUUACAUUGUGUCUAAGUAUUUUUGUUAUGUCGUUAGAUGAUUAUCAAGUACAUAAUAUCUACCGAUACACGAGGAAAACAUACAAACAGAAUAGGAACUGUCCGCGGGAUUGUACUCUUGACAAUUCACGGGAAGAUGGAACCGUAGAUCUACCUGAGAAUUCUAAAGAAGACGUUGAUUUUAUAGAUCAUUCACCUAGAAGCGACGAUUAUGCUUUGGUCACUCCUGAGUGCCUCUACGACUUGGAUACACAGAGAGACGUGACUAGCAUUCUGCAUAAAAAAUGUCCAGUAAUAACCUUGGCUCAGCAACAACUUUUGAAGGUUCUUGAUGAGACUAACCAUAUGUUAUCCCUAGUCCCUGAAGAAAAUUGCAGGUCUAGUAACAAUGUUAUUCAGUCUAUAAUGAACGAACGAAAGAAAUACCUAUCGCACGUUGGUGCGCCGAAUUUAGAUGUGGAAGAACAACGACCAUGGAUGACCCCCGCUCCGGAGCCCUACUACAACAGUAUCACCAGCUACACACACCGUCCCCCAAACGACGGCCAAUUGACCACCCCACCGUCUAUGCAGUACUUGGAAAAGGCCAUCAUCUCCAACUCCGAAGAAAUUCAAGAUGGGCCCAUCUGGCGGAAAGGUCAUGGGCUCUGUUUUUUGGGAUGUGGACUAAUUCGCUACGUAUGUGUAUGCAAGGAUGCAAUCUUAUGGCAAAACAAAGCAAACUUUGUUCUGGGAGUCCUAACUUGUAUGGUGUUCCUCACCGGUAUACUGUUUGGAGCGGCAACAUGCGGCACUCACUACGGAAAAUUCAAUAAUCCAAUACUCAACUGUAUAGACAACUAUUUUAUUUCUGACAGUUUAAGUACUGAAGAAACUUUCAACUGUAUUACGUAAGAAUUAUUCCGUAUUUUUAAAUAAAUAAAAAUAUUUUGUUAUAGAUAAGUAAAUUGUAAUCUGAAUAUUAUUGAAUUUGAUUCAAGUAUUACUGUAUUAGUUUUAUUUAAAUAUUCGAUGAAAUAAACCACACUAAGUAUGUUAUUACAUAAUAGUUAUUUACGAUACAAGAGCGAAAAAUAGGAAAUUCUUAUUCACACGUGUAUUGUUUUACAGUAGGCACAGUCGCCUGAAGAGAAAAGUGACCCCCUGCAUAAAAAUUUGGGUUACUCCCACUAGCUACCACCAAGUUGUCACCAGUGGUAGCUACUGGGAUUUUUUUCCCACCUUUUACCACUGGUAAUUAGUUUCCCAGUAGUUACUAGCAAAAUUUGGUUAGCGUUCAAUACUAGUAAAAACAGUAUAAAUAUAAAGUGAUUUAAAUAAAUAAUUAAUUAUAAGUUAAUUAGUUGUUCCUUUAAUUAUAAGUCGAUUACUGUUUCAGUAAACUGCCUUAAAAGUGACAAAAAAAUCGGCCUUUGACUGAUUUGUUUGUUCUUUGGUAUAAUUUUGACGUUAUUUAUUGAAAGGGACUUUAUUGUCGAUGGCACUUACGCCAUUAUCAACGAUGGUGCUAUAUAUAUACAACGCUGCGCUACGCGCUACAAAAGACCCAGGUUUCAUAGGUAACGUCACAAUUAAUUCAAUUUACAAAUUAAUAACAUAAACAAUAUCAAGUUUUAUGAUGUUGUGAC